AUGAGUUUCACCACUACUACUACCGAUAUGAAAGUCACUCUCGUUGGAGCCUCCGGUGCUAUCGGCAUGCCUCUUUCGUUGUUGCUGAAGAUGAACCCAAUGAUCACUGAGUUGGCCUUGUACGAUGUCAAGCAAGCCCGUGUACCUGUUGCUGGCGUUGCUGCUGAUUCCUCUCACAUCAACUCUCCUGCUAAGGUCAAGGGUUAUGCUGGUCCCGCUCAGCUCGAGGCCGCUCUUACAGGGUCCAAAGUCAUCGUUUGUACUGCUGGUAUCGCUCAAAAGCCUGGUAUGUCUAGAGAUGAUCUUUUCAACGUCAACGCUGGUAUAAUGCGUCACUUGGCAACUGCGUUCGCCAAGUAUGCUCCUGAGGCUGUUGUCUGCAUCUUGUCGAACCCCGAGACUGCUCUCGUGCCCAUCACUGCUGAAGUUUACAAGGAGGCUGGCGUAUACGACUCGAGGAAGAUCGUGGGUAUCACCACCCUUGAUGUGACACGUGCCAGGACAUUCUAUGCUGAGGCUACGGGUAUGGAUGUUGAAAAAGUUGACGUCCCUGUUGUUGGUGGUCAUGGUGGUUGUGCUAUCCUCCCUCUAUUCUCUAAGGCAACUCCUUAUGUCAAGCUGGACGAAGAAAGCAUCGAAGAGCUUGAUGAUCAUGUUCAAAAUGCAGUUACUGAGNNNNAUAUCCGUGUUAGUUGUCAUUUCAUUAACUCGGUUAUUGGGCUCGUUACGCCUGAUAUUCUACCUAACGGUCUACUCCCAUAA